UUUUGAAAUUCUUUAGGUCAGUUACAAAUUCAGUCGUAAAUUAUUCAAGGCAUUAUUAUAAAAAAAUGGCUCGAGUUUUUAUACAAAUCCUAUCCCUAAUAUCCACAAUCACAAUAUUUUCAUUAUGGGUGUAUAUUAGAAGUCCUAAAUAUAUAAAACAUACUCUAGAGCAAAUUUUUAUAAAUAAUGACUACAGGAGAUUGAUCUUUGAUGUGCAUACACACCUAAUACUUGCUGGCUUACUACUACUGUUUUCAAUAUGCAAUGCAAUUAUUGUAAUUAUUUAUGAUAUUGUCUGUCGCGAGGAAGAGGAAGACGAGUCCGAAGAUGAAGAUGAUCCAGAUGAAAUUGAGCUCCCGAAAAUUUUGCGUUUUCCGGAUCACAACUUGAAUUAAGGGCUAGAGACAGAACACUUAAUACUUGCUGGCUUACCACAGCUGUUUGCAAUAUGCAAUGCAAUUAUUUUAUUAUAUAUGAUGUCUGUUCCGAACAAAAACAAGGAUUAAAGGUUAAUUAAGGGCAAUAAGCAAAAUCAUCAAAGAAGCUCUUGCAGUUGAAGUCAGCGGUUACAUCGUAUGCACAUUAUUAGCAAAAAUCAGCACCUACAUCAACUACUUAAUUCAAGAAUUCUAAUUAAAACUAGAAGUAAAAACAAACUUUGAUCUAUGUUGUUAUAACGUAGAGAUGAACGGACGAAAAGUUGAAACUAGGAUGUUGUGAAUAAGAAUACGACUGAAGCAAAAUUAAUAAGUGGUGUACAAUAGUUGACGUAUAUUUUUGGGCUACAUUUCCAUUUCUUUCCAUAUAGAACACAUACACUAUAGCAGUAUUAGAACCUAUUUUGCUUUUAUGUAAAAGCAAAAUACAUAGAACAUAUGCAUCGAAAUUCAUCGACGUUUCACAAUAAAUAUAUUUUUAAUCAACCAA